AUGCGACUUAACAAGGGUUUGAUCUCAGCAUUGCUGGCCCCUGCUGCUUUGGCCACCACCAACGCAGACACCGUCUUCUCUGGUUUCGAAAACCUACACAAGCGAAUCCUCUCCACCCAAGACUGCAUCAAAUCCUUCGAUGGCGGUGUUGUACAGAGUUUGAGCUGUGGUUUCGAGCUGUAUAACGUUUUGACGGCUAGCGGCUCGGCGAGAAAAGACCUUGCCGAUUUGGACUCGGUCCCACCUGAUCAGGUCCAGGCUUACCUGAACCACUAUCAUGGCAUUCGUUUGGCUGUUUCCAAAACUUUGGAAACCGCAUCUUCAAGGAUCGAUAAUAUAGACUCUGCGGGUCUGAAAAUUUUCGCGCAAGUCCUGGUUCGUCAUUUUGGUGGCGAAAGGGAGGUUUUCGAGACCUUGACAAAAUCCAAACUUCCAGCAUCAAGCCAUUCUGAGAUUGCUGGCCCCAUCGACAGUCUUAAAGAUGAGUUUGAAAAUGCGUUUGCCGUCUUUGUUUGA